UAAACUGCACAUACUCAUUUCUGGUAUGUAGAGGGAAACAAAGGGAAUAAUCUAGAGAGAGAAACAACACACAUCAUCCCCACCCAUGUCUCCACCGUCAUUCCUAUUCGCCUUUCUCAUUAUCUUUCUAACAAAUUUUCAAACCCCAUCCACCGCCGGCAACGAUACGUCGCCAACGGCAUACCAAGUCCUAGAAGAAUACGAUUUUCCGGUGGGUCUUCUUCCAAAAGGCGUUCAAGGCUACGAACUGAACGAAACCACCGGAGAGUUCUCGGUGUACCUGAACGGAACGUGCAGUUUCUCGAUCGACGGUUACAAGCUCAAGUACAAGUCAACCAUCACAGGGGUCAUAUCCAAAGACAAGCUCAAGAGCUUGGAGGGCAUAAGCGUGAAGGUACUCUUCUUCUGGAUCAACAUCGUCGAGGUCAUCCGUGACGGCGACGAGCUCGAAUUCUCCGUCGGGAUUGCCUCCGCCGACUUUCCGGUCAGUAAUUUCGAUGAGAGUCCGGAGUGUGGUUGUGGGUUUGAUUGUGUCAAUGGGAAGAGAGAGAACAUGAAGUUCGAUUUGAAUCGUUUUGUGCUUUGGAUUAAAUGCAAUGUACUUAUGCUGUGAUCAUGUUCUCCACAUUGAGAAAUAAAUGUCUUUUUUUCUUUUUUCUUUCUUU